GCAGUCUCAUCAUUUGCAGUCCCUGCUGAAUACUGUUUGACGGGCCUGGCCCAUUUUUCUGAAAUUCAUCGUGGAAAUGAUUGAGAACCAGAGAAUGGCUAUCCUCGCACAAAAGCAUAUUAACGGUUAACGGUUUCAUUUGUUUGCCCAAAUCCCAAACGGACAACUCCUUCUCUCUUCCUUAGGCAUGGCAAUUCAAGCUAAAACCCCUUUCUCUCUCCACUCUCAUCAUUUCCAUCUCCCUCCUCUUCGAACGCCACUCAGAUCACCGGCCAAAAGCUCCCCUAGAAAAUCUCUCAAGCUCAUUUGCAAAUCCAGCGGUGAAGAUGAUUAUUUGAUUGAUGCUCCAGUUUCUGCUGGAGAUGGCUUUUCUUUUAGUGGAGGUAAAUAUUCAGAUGAGCCUAGCCCAGCUGAUGAAUGGUUUAAGGAAGGAAAGAUAGUGAAAGCUCAUCUUGUUGGUUCUGGUGAGAAGGCAAAAGAUCCUAUAUUUGGACUUAAGAUGGGUUCUGGUUCUCAGGCCUCAGAUGAUCUUUUCAGAUGGUUUUGUGUCGAAAGUGGAAAUUCCAACAACCCCAUGGUUGUACUAAUUCAUGGCUUCCCUUCACAGGCAUACUCGUAUCGCAAAGUUCUUCCUGUACUAUCUAAAAACUAUCGUGCAAUUGCUUUCGAUUGGCUAGGCUUUGGAUUUUCAGAUAGGCCUCAACCUGGAUAUGGGUUUGACUAUACUUUAAAUGAAUAUGUUUCAUCCUUAGAGUCUUUGAUUAAUGAAAUAUCCAAGGAUAAGGUCUCACUUGUUGUGCAGGGAUACUUCUCACCAGUCGCUGUCCAAUUUGCUAGCAAACAUCAGGAAAAGCUGACUGAUCUGAUACUCCUUAAUCCUCCUCUAACAGCCAAACAUGCCAACCUCCCGUCAACCUUGUCUAUAUUCAGCAACUUUUUACUGGGUGAAAUUUUUUCUCAGGAUCCUUUGAGGGCCAGCGACAAAGCCUUGACAAGCUGUGGUCCUUAUCAAAUGAAGGAAGAUGAUGCAAUGGUGUAUAGAAGACCCUAUUUGACAUCUGGUUCUGCAGGCUUUGCACUUAACGCAAUUAGUAGGGCCAUGAAGAAGGACCUAAAGAAUUAUGUGGAGGAAAUGAGGUCAAUACUUCUGGACAGAACUUGGAAAGUUAGAACCACGAUAUGCUGGGGCCAAAGAGAUCGUUGGUUAGGCUAUGAUGGAGUUGAAGAUUUCUGCAAGGAUUCAAAGCACCGCCUGAUUGAACUUCCCAUGGCAGGGCAUCAUGUACAAGAGGAUUGCGGUGAAGAACUUGGAGGGAUCAUUUCUGGAGUUAUUAGCAAAAGGAGCUGAACUAGAUGAUGCCAUGCAAUUAUAUAUGAUAGCUGAUAUUCCAAAAACUAAUGUCAUAUCCUGGGAAAAAAGGCAUCCUGGAGUUCUAUGCAUCUUAUGUUUUGAGAGCGUAUCAGGUGGAUUCACCCUUAUAAUUAUGUGUUGUGCUUUUUCUAUUCAUUUUGAGAACUGUUGUGACUUCAUACUCGUACCAGUCUAAUGAACUAAGUUUGUUUACCUUAAAAUGUAUGUUAUUACCUGUGGCACUACUCUAAAUUGUACUUCUGCUUGAGCAGAUGAAUCAAAUAACCAUUUAUAUUAGCAUUGUGAAAUGAAUUGAUUGUAA